GAAGUUUCUAAAUUCCUGCUCCCUUUCCAUUUUCUCUACCGUUUUGCCGCAAUUGAAAUCGUCGGUCUCUCAAAACAACGCCACCAUUGUUGACUUGCCGCCAUUAGAGCUCACACAAUUCUCUCUCUCUCUCUCUCUCUCUUCCUCAAAGAGCUUCUGUUUUCUUCAGAAUUUUCUGCUUCUAAAGGUUCAGAUCGAUGAAUUGGAUUCAGCGCAAAAUUUUUCUUUACAAUGUCACUUUUGGCCUCUAUAUGUUGGAUCGGUGGGAGCGAUGUCUUUUCAAUGCUUUGGUGAUCGUGUUAAUGUGGUUUGUUCUUUUCAAUGGGUCACGGUAUGCAAUUGAGUUCUGCAAGAGGCAUUUAGGGCAAGGUUUCUGAAGUAGCAUGAACUGGAAAUGUCAGGAUGUGAUGAUAGCAUGGAUGAAAUCAAUGUACUGCUGAAUAGUGUCCUCUGAUUUACAUUAACUCAUAGAUUUUCAUUAUUUUUUUUUUCGUUUUUGUAAAAUCAAUUGUGUAUGUUUUCCCCAUAGCAUGAACUGGAAAUGUCAGGAUGUGAUGAUAGCAUGGAUGAAAUCAAUGUACUGCUGAAUAUUGUCCUCUGAUUUACAUUAACUCAUAGAUUUUAAUUAUUUUUUUCUUUUUUGUAAAA